GGUCGCCGCACUGUUUGCAUUGUGUCUGCGGCGCCGGCGAACUCGAACCUCUGAACAACCGGGACUAUGUCGGGACGGUCGGUCCGAGCCGAGACCCGGAGCAGGGCCAAGGAUGACAUCAAGCGGGUCAUGGCCGCCAUCGAGAAGGUUCGGAAAUGGGAGAAGAAGUGGGUGACGGUGGGAGACACGUCGCUGCGCAUCUACAAGUGGGUGCCAGUCACGGAGCCCAAGUCUGAUGAGAAAAACAAGAGCAAGAAGAAGGGCAAAGACGAAAAGUAUGGCUCUGAACUGACAACCCCAGAGAACAGUUCAUCCCCUGGUAUGAUGGACAUGCACGACGACAACAGUAACCAGAGCUCCAUCGCCGACUCGUCUCCUGUCAAACAGGAAAACAGCUGUAGCACCAGUCCAGCCGCUGACUCAGCGCCCUCGUCCCACCGAGACAAUGGAGAUGUGAAAAGUCCAGAACUCAAGAGAGGGAAACUGGCGUCGGAUGGUGUGGAGCGGGCAGCGAAGAGAGACGGUCUGUCGGGGGACUCCUUGGACAGCAAAGCCACUCAGGACCUGGACGACGAGGCGCCGCCCAUCAAGAAGAGCAAGAUGGAGUCUCAUGACUUUGAGGGUUAGCGUCGCCGUCCUUCCCCGACACUCCUGCUGCGAGGGCGAGUGGAUCUUACCUCUGUUCACUGGUCCCCCCUCCCCCCGUGCUUCCUCCUCCACACUGAUGCCAAGAGAAGCUCUGCACCAGGCUGCAGUCCCCUCGCCACCGGGUAGUGGCGCUACGUCGGGCCAAACACUGAACCCCCUUGUGACAAAAACGACCAGGGUCCGUUGGUGGACCCCGGUGACUCGGAGCGCUGCUCUUAGACCGUGUGCUUUUUUCUUAGCUGGACGUGCUAAUGUGGUCUCAGAGCAGCGCCCCCAUGUCCUGCUCGCUCGCUCGCCUCCUCCUCGCCUCGUGUCUGUCGGUGUAGGAUCGUGCGGCAGAUUUCUCAGGAGGGUCGAUGCACUGUUACGUCACACUGGGUCACGCAGAGUCGCUGCUGCCACCGCCUUCUGUCUUCACCCUCUAGUUAGCCACCAGGCUAAUUCAUGCUAACGACGAGUAUCUAGUUUCGAUCGACAGUCGUGGUGCCAUGUUUGCCUUAAAGUCAUUUUACCCGGGAAAUACUUCGGUCAAGACGUCCCGCCUCCUGUUGUCAGCAGCUCCGCCCUCUUGCGUCGUUUCGUGCUUUGUGCGACGGCACCAUGACAUGGUGUUGUGAGAGGUUCCAGCUGUCUGCACCGGGGGGCGCAGCUGGGACGUUUCCUCACCUGUCUUCAGUGGUCUCACACCUGGGUGCUUUCACUCGAGUGGAUCUUGCGUGGCAACGAUUUACUUGAAGUCGGUGUUUCAGAUCGGGACCUGCGACCUCAUGCUAACGGACCUGUGACCAGAACGGUACGAGACGUCUUGUCGUGGCGAGCGGGCAGGUGGUUGUUGCAGGCGGACCGGCAGAUAUACCUCAUUCCCAGUCCAGUACGCUGGAACAGAUCAUGCUAGCUUGACAUUCAUUAGCAUCUCAAUAAGUUAGCGUCACUCUUGUCGUCGCGUUGCUUCUCGUUCGUCAAACUGAAAACAGCUGUGAGAUAAAGAUCUUUUUUCUUUUUUUUUUUUUGGGACCAUUUUUGUUUGUGUACAGAAGAUUUAUGGUUUUAUUUAUUCCAUCAGUCGACGGUUUUUAUCCUGUUUGUGUUUUUCUUAAUAAAACUCACAAA